AUGUAUGAUUCUAAGGAUGGGGCGUAUUAUCUGCAACUGGAUGUCGAAGUUGAUAUGCCGACGGCCAUAUUGGGAGAGGAGAUACUGGCCCAUGUGAAGCCCACGUCCUCUUCACCGACUCGGGACAAUUUCGAGGAAGUACCGAUAUCGCAGAUUAGAGAGUUGGGUCAUAGUGGGACCGCGGCGUGGCAAACAUAUAGGACGUGGAACAAAUGGCAGAAGACUAAGCACCGUGCAGUGUACUUCGUACGGGCUGAGAAGACGGCGCUGGGGCUUCCCCUGCCGAGCUCAGUCGAGGGGCCCAAUGGUGACAGUAUGUUCAUGAACGGGCUCAAUGCCAACGCUCCUGAGUUCACGCCUAGUUCAAGUGCGCCGAGUCCCCCAUCGGAUAGUGGAGGUGCUGAUAGGAGGUCAUCUAUUGAUGAUCAACAUACUGUUGGAAUAGGCAGGUGCUUGUUGCCAAGCGAGGUGGCAGCGCUUCUGGGGGAUGAUUGCCUUCACCAUGAGGAGGCGUUCGAUUCUGAUCUGUCCUGCAGCCCAAUCGGUCAUCCUCUGCACCAGCACGUAGACUACCAUGACGGCUGGAGAACAAGAAUGCCCUUCAAGGGGGAUUCGUGGGUCCCCUUGGGCAUGGACGGAGGGCGCUCCCGCCUCACGAGUGCUGCUGAGAGCAGCACUACCAGCAGCAGCCUGGCUACUGCGAAUGAGUCUCCAUAUAUGGUAUCAAUGACAUACCAGAAUAACAUCAAAGCGAAGUCGGGUUUCUGCACUUGA